CAGGGACUUAUAGGACGAAAGGAACCUAAGGUAGGUAUCCUACCUUAGGUUAGGUUCCUUUCGUCCUAAGGCAGGAUAACUACCUUAGGUUCCUUUCAUCCUAUAGUUAGUUCUUCUACGAGCUCAAUGACUGGUUAAUGCAGAAAGUGUAAGUUUGCCUCGGCAGCAGAUAUUUUGGGGGUUUAGAACUCGGACCUCGGCGAACUCUACGAAGUAAGGUAGCAGCUUAAGAGAUAAAAUAACCACCAGCGCAAUAUCUAAUGGCUCUAAGUUCAGCAACUCUUUCUUCUUUCGCUCUCACAUGUAGAUUUUUAUCGCCAUUGCCUAAAACUUUCUCCAAAAAGGUUUAGAAUUGAAUAGCGACAUCAGUCGCAGAUCAAGAUGGCUUCUAGGCCAGUUAGAGUAGCCAACUGCUCUGGUUACAAGAAUGACCCAUACUGGCAAAUGUUGCGCCAGGCGACAUUGGGCGAUGUCGACUUUAUCACCGGCGACUACUUGGCUGAGAUGAAUCUAGCAGAAGAUGCUGAAGCUUACAGAGCUGGCAAACAUGAUGGAUGGGAGGAAACAGCAUGGGAAGGCAUAAAAGAGAGCAUUAACGUCAUUGCGGCAAAAAAGAUCAAGGUUGUUCUCAACGGAGGCUGCUUAAAUCCUGCUGGGCUAGCACAGAAGGUUGCGGACCUAGUGUCUGAACGAGAUCUUAAAGUCAAAGUAGCGUACGUUUCUGGAGAUGAUCUCAUGUCAAAGUUAGGACCGGAUCUGGCAUCUCUUGGAGACAAGCUACCAAGGCAUUUGGACUCAGUCAAUCCUAACGUCCAGGUACCUAAUUCUUCGCUGGCUUUCCAAGCUCUACCAUCUGUCCCAAUCGUCUCUGCAAAUGCAUAUCUUGGUGCUAGAGCUAUUGUGGAAGGUUUGCGUGCCGGAGCGGACAUAAUUAUCUGUGGGCGCGUCUCUGAUGCGUCCCCUGUCAUUGCGGCAGCGUGGUACUGGCACUCGUGGAAGGAUACGGAUUAUAAUCAGCUGGCAGGCUCAUUGAUUGCUGGCCAUUUGAUCGAAUGCUCCGCGUAUUCGACCGGCGGCAACUUCUCUGGCUUUACUGAAUAUGAUCUUGAAACUUUCAUUGAACCCGGCUUUCCAAUCGCGGAGAUUGAUGCCGACGGCACCUGUGUAAUUGGGAAACACCUCGGCACAGGAGGAAUGAUCACUGAAGAUACCAUCCGUUGCCAAUUCCUCUAUGAAUUGCAAGGCAACAUUUAUUUGCAUAGUGACGUGAAAGCAUAUCUAAACAACGUGGUCGUUACGUUAGUUGGCAAAGAUCGUGUUCGGAUCAGUGGAAUCACCGGACGGCCUCCGCCACCCACUACUAAGGCUGCCAUAUUUUACCGUGGCGGCUACCAGAGCCAGCUCCUGCUUAAUGCAACCGGCUACGGGACCGACAAGAAAUGGCAACUUCUAGAGGCGCAGUUACGACGUAAUUUGCAAAACGCAGGCAUCGAGAAGGAUUUAUCGCUACUUGAAUUCCAGAUCGUGGGUGUUCCAGAAGCAAAUCCAAAGAGCCAGUUACGGAGCACUACGUACUGCCGUGUGUUUGUCGAGGCAGCCGAACCGGAACCCUUGGUUAGAUUGCUUCGCUGUUUUUCAGAUAUCGCAUUGCGACAUUUCUCUGGCUUCCAUUGUUCACUCGAUUCCCGCACCGCCCUCCCAAACCCAUUUUUAGCCUACUAUCCAUCCCUUUAUUCUCAGGAUGACCUUGAAGAAGGUGUAACUCUAAUAGGCUCUAAAUACGACGGCAACGAAACUAAAACUAUUUCAUCCGGCCAUCCACCUUCCUACGAAGACCUGGAGCGCAGAGAAAACUACGACGCUGUCAAUGCGGCCCCUCUUUCCUCCUUUGGCCCCACAGUCCCCGUCCGUCUCGGCGACAUCGUGCUCGCACGCUCUGGUGAUAAGGGCUCCAACCUCAACUGUGGGCUCUUUGUUAAGGAUUCCAAGCUAUGGGAGUGGUUUAGGGCCUUCCUCAGCCGCGCCCAUUUCAAGGAGCUUCUGGGCGAUGACUGGGCUCAUGAGUACUGGCUCGAGAGAGUCGAGUUCCCAGGCAUCCAUGCGGUGCACUUUGUGAUUUACGGGAUUCUGGGUAGAGGUGUAAGUGGAUCGACAAGGUUGGAUUCGUUAGGCAAGGGGUUUGCAGAUUAUUUUAGGGACAAGGUCGUUGAGGUGCCAGUGGCACUAUUAGGUGCUGUUAAGGGGAACUUGUAGACCUGUGCUUAUAUAACGAAAGUCGUAGUGUAAGUUUGUGGUCAUAAACCUAGGUCGUCUCAAUACCACAGCGAAGCUAUUUCGAGAUGCUUGCUAGGGAUGUUGGUUGUCGAUCCAUUUUCCCCAUAUGGCACUUGCUGGUUGAUCUGGCCCACUCGCGGGCAGUACCCUCCAAUAGCGUCCUUGUCACAUGCGUAGACUCAAGCUAACCUUCAGAAAAGCGUGUUGGAUAUCAGCGGCGAGA